AUGGCAAACACCAUAGAAGACAUUUUCACGACUCUAAUGGUAGAGAUAGCCGUGGGCAUGGGUCUCCAGGCGAUAAGCCGAGACAAUCCGAGCGAAGUCACCAUCACAGCCGGAGGUCGGAUCGUGACGAGCGGAGGCACGAGAAACCCGAUAAGAGUCAUACGCAUCAUUCUUCCCGAAGGCAAGAUCGAGAUGAGGACCACCGCAGGAGUCACAGAAAGCACUCAAGCCGGACUGGUUCGCCAGAACAUCGCAGAAGCCAACGGAGGCACACAAAGGCAAGUAAGCACCGUAACCACCGUUCUUCCCAAGAAGAGCACCGGAAUGAUGGCCACCGCAGGAGCUAUAGGAAGUUGUCAAGCGAGACUGGUUCGCCAAAUCAUCGCAGAAGAGGCCAUCGCUCACGCCAUGAGCCUAGAAAUCGACGAAGCCCCCGGCGGCAGAGAGUGCGCUUUGAGGACGGCGGGACGCCUGAAGAGAACGGUAGGCGAGGUGCAGCGGCCGCAGAGGAGCGACACGACGAACCGCCAUCACGGCAAGCUGAAGUCCAGACGGAUUCUGAGGACGAAAGGGGUGAUCCUGCUAGAGACAGUCCUGCUGGCGACCCGGAGCUUGUCGAUAGGGUUGAGGAGCGUGUUGAGGAGCUUCUUCGGCAUCAAGAUCUACCAGCAGUAG